AAGGCACGGCAAUCUGGCAGGCUGCAAAGGGCGAGAGGCUCUUCUUGUCUUUUACUGGCCAGCAAACCUUGAGAUCUGCCGGGUCUUGUCGCUGAAGUCGCCCCAAGAGAAGCGUGGGCUCUUUGCAGAAUACAAAACUUCGGGUCUUCAGGAAAGAAAGGCUCCAUUAUUUUGGAGGGAAAAGGUGCUGUUGCAGAAACAGGCAAGAGGGCCAUCCAAGGUGCCCUUACAUAUAGGUCUUGCCUUUUGCUACUCCUCAGGACCAUUGUGAUGGCAGCAGUGCCCUCAGCUGGCUGCCUUGCGGCCAAGAACCAGUACUACCGAACACGACUGAAUUCCGACUCCAGUGUUUCUUCAAGCAGUUCAUCUUGCUGUUCUGAACCCAUGACCUCCUCAGACCAAGACAAACACUUCCACGGUUUACCUGAUGUGUUUGAAAAAUGUUGGUGGAUAAAAAGCUUUUUCCACUGUGAACCAGCGCCUCAGAAUGUUGGCAGGAAAACCUUGUCAGCCAUUCAAAUAGCUGAUUUGGACAUCAAGCUGAACGUUCCUAAAUGACUUCACAUACAGAGACAUUUCUUGAAAUGGAUUUAGCUCCAUGAAGAAAACAAACUGCUUGAAAUUUCAGUUGUGAUAGAAGGAGCUAUCCACAGCUUAUUCAUAAGGCAACAAUCAUCAUUUCAACUGACUAUGUCUUGAUAGUGAACAGGCGUUUUCAGCUUCAUAAUGACUCUUCCUUGUUAUUGGAGCAAAUGUAAAUGAAAAGUCUUGUUGUGUCUUCUAAUUGCCCAGGGUUUCCUUUGCUAAAUUGAAAAGCUUUUCCUAAAUUGUAUGGGACAAAAUGAUGCAAGGUUAUUCUGUCUUAACUCCAAGCAGAGUGAUUAUUCCAUUAACAGUAAGUUUGUUCCAUUAAGUUUGAUGUUUUGUUAGCUGUGCUGCUGCUUGUGUUUUAAAUUACAUCUGUUAAAAAGAAAUGCCAAACACAGGUCUAUAAUUACCAUUGAUCAAACCUGAGAAGGAACCAUGUUUAAGCUUGAUUUAAGGAAGGCUGUAGGCUUGUUUGUUUUUAAGAAAGAAAUUGCAUAUAGCAUCAUGUAUUAUUACUUGGAAGCAGUAGCUUUGAUUUCUUCAAAGAAUAUGUAAACUUAAUCCCAUCACAUAAUGAGUACAAUGUGUGUUAACACAGUCUUAUCAUAUCAUGUAUUCAGACCUACGCAGUUUAAUAUUACUGUGCUGUAACUAUUUUUGUCAUUAUGUUUGACAUAAUUUGAUUUUUCUUGAAUACUUUCAAAAUAGUAGUUACAGAACAUAUUAUAUUACCAUGUGCCCUUCUUAAAUUGUAACAUGUUUGCUUUGUUCAUGCUUUACUGGCCAUCUGUGGAUGUAUGAUCAUCUCAAAAAGGGAAAAAUUAGUGGCAAGAAAAUAAUGUAAGGCAACUAAACCAAUACAAUAGGUAUCCUAUAGGUAGACGUAGCCUGUUUUAAUUUGUGGACUCACAUUUCUGUUUGCUCAUCCUUCUCUAUGUAACCAUUUUGUAUAGUGCUAUUAGUGCAAUUUCUUGAAUGUACAGAAUUAACUAUUUUUUUACUAAGUUUUGUAUCAAUAAAGAUUAAUAAAAAUG